UCUCGCUCGCCUUUAGGGAGGGUCUGUGCCUCAGCCGCUGCCUCAGUAGCCGCUCCCGCCCCCUCCGUGUCUCCGUCGCCGCCACCGCCGGGGGCACCCGGGGGUCGCUAACCGGGCUGGCCCCGCGCCACGGCCGUCGCCUCAGCCUUCCUCCAGUGGCUGCCGAAAGAAAAGGCUCGCCGGUCGCGGAGUCACACGAGGCCUCAGUUCUCGCCCUCUUGUCGUUGCCGCGGGUCCUGGAGAAGCGGCCGCGGCCAGGGAACUGGGCGUCGUGGUUCCAACGAUUAACUGCUGAAGUACUGAUCGAGUUCUGUGUUUCUUCAAUGAGGAACUACAGGCUGAUCUUCUGCCAUAAUCUCAAACAACCAUAAAUGACAAAAGAAUGCUUGCUCAGUGAGGGUAGCUGGUGCAGAAGCCAUUUUUUAAACUUAGGCGUUUAAGUACUUAAAGAAAAGACAGCUUUGAUUUCUGGCUGCAAAAAGAUAUGAGGAAGAGCUCCUCCCCUUCCUUGAGUAACUGCAACUCCGUUCUUGCUAGCAAAAUAUUUGGAAUUCCACUUGAUGAGCUGCAGCAGGGAGGACAUCCAGACAGUGAAGUUCCGUUCAUAGUCCGCCACGUUGUGGACUAUAUUGAGGAACAUGGAGGUCUGGAGCAACAAGGACUUUUUCAAGUCAACGGAAAUGCUGAGACAGUGGAGUGGCUUCGGCAGAGAUACGACAGCGGAGAAGAGGUGGAUUUGGUUAAGGAAGCAGAUGUUCCCUCAGCUAUUAGUCUUCUUAGGUUUUUCCUUCAAGAACUUCCCGAACCUGUUAUCCCCGGCAGUUUGCAUAUUCACUUGAUGCAGCAUUCUCAAGAUUAUAAUAAUGAAGAUGAAUUUGGAAGAAAGUUGAAAUUCCUCUUGCAGCAGCUUCCACCUGUUAAUUACAGUUUGUUAAAGUUCCUGUGUAGGUUUUUAGCCAACGUAGCAUCACAUCAUGAAGAAAUUUGGUCUGCAAACUCUUUGGCUGCUGUUUUUGGUCCAGAUGUCUUCCACAUUUACACAGAUGUAGAAGAUCUGAAAGAGCAAGAAAUAGUGAGCAGGAUAAUGGCUGGACUGCUGGAAAAUUACUAUGAGUUUUUUGAGAAUGAAGAGGAAGAUUUUUCAUCUAAUGAUCUGAGUUCAAUUACUGAGCAGGUUAAUGAACUUUCUGAAGAAGAAGAGGAAGAUGAAAAGCUAGAACAUAUAGAAGAACUUCCGGAAGAGGGUGCAGAAAAAUCAAGUGACAUGCCAGAGGUGGUACAAUUAAGGAUGACUGAAAAUAUUCUGGAACCAAAUGGUAUUACAGCAUCAACAAGUGCCCAUAUAUCUCCUAUCAGCAUCUUACCGGCCUCUGCAGACAUUUUAGAAAGAACAAUUAGAGCGGCUGUGGAACAGCACCUGUUUGAUCUGCAGAGCAGCAUAGAUCAUGAUCUUAAGAAUUUACAGCAGCAAAGUCUGGUGUGUAAUAAUGAAGCAGGAAGUAUUAAUUGUGAUGGGGAAGGAUCUAAUAACCAGGUUGAUAUUGCUGAUAUUAUUAAUGCCAGUGAAAGUAACAGAGACUGUUCAGAACCUGUGGCUAGCACUAAUUUAGACAAUGAAGUUAUGCAGCAAGAUUUUGUAUUUGAGGAUGAAGAAAAUAACCAGUCUGUAGGUAUACUGUUAGAGCCAUGCAGUGACCGUGGUGAUUGUGAAGAUGGCUGUCUUGAGAGGAAAGAACAUUUGUCAUUUGACAGUGAUAAAUUGUCACACAUAAUUCAGGAUUCUAGUAGCAAGAUAUGCGAUUUGAAUGCCAACACUGAAUCAGAAGUGCCAGGAGGUCAAAGUGUUGGUGUUCAAGGGGAGGCAGCAUAUGUCCAAAUUCCACAUUUAGAUCUGAAGAAUGUUUCAGAUGGUGAUAAAUGGGAAGCGUCAUGCCCUAUCACUUUUCCCCUCAUUGAUUUCAAAACAAUGCAUCUGCAGAGAGAUGGGGAGGAGCCAUUUCCUGCGUUUAAGUCUUGGCAGGAGGACUCUGAGUCUGGGGAAGCUCAGCUUUCUCCACAGGCUGGAAGAAUGAAUCAUGACCCUCUGGAAGAAGACUGUCCACCAGUAUUAUCACAUUGUAGUUUAGAUUUUGGGCAAAGCCAGCGUUUCCUUCACGAUCCAGAAACGUUGGAUUCUUCAUCUAAAGCACUUUCUUUUGCUAGGAUUCGAAGAUCAUCUUUUAUUUCAAAAGAUGAAAAAAGAGAAGACAGAACACCAUAUCAGUUGGUCAAGAAACUUCAAAAAAAAAUCAGACAAUUUGAGGAACAAUUUGAAAGGGAAAGAAAUAGCAAGCCUUCCUACAGUGAUAUUGCAGCCAACCCAAAGGUUUUAAAAUGGAUGACAGAGCUUACUAAACUGCGGAAGCAAAUUAAAGAUGCAAAACACAAAAGCUCUGAUGGAGAAUUUGUACCUCAGACACGUCCACGUAGUAACACUCUUCCAAAAAGCUUUGGAUCUUCUCUAGACCGUGAAGAUGAAGAGAAUGAGGAUGAAUCCAGAGUCAUUCAGAAGGAGAAGAAGCCAUCUAAGGAAGCAACACUUGAACUUAUUCUGAAAAGACUGAAAGAAAAACGUGUUGAGAGGUGUCUUCCAGAGGAUAUCAAAAAAAUGACAAAAGAUCAUUUGGUAGAAGAGAAAACCUCUCUCCAGAAAAGUCUUCUUUACUAUGAAAGUCAACAUGGAAGACCGGUGACCAGGGAGGAAAGGUACAUUGUUAAACCUCUGUAUGAUAGAUACAGGCUUGUAAAACAGAUGCUGACAAGAGCUAGCAUCACUCCUGUCCUUGGCUCUCCAUCCACAAAACGAAGGGGUCAGAUGUUACAGCCAAUCAUAGAAGGAGAAACUGCACAUUUUUUUGAAGAAAUCAAGGAAGAAGAAGAAGAUGGUGUUAACCUAUCCUCUGAGUUGACUGAUAUCUUGAAAACUGCUGUACAGGCACAGUCUUCACUGGAAAACUCAGAAUCUGAUAUUGAAGAAAAUCAAGAAAAACUGGCUCUGGAUCUCCGAUUGUCAAGUACUCGAGCAGCUUCUAUGCCUGAAUUACUGGAACAACUUUGGAAAGCCAGAGCUGAAAAAAAGAAAUUGCGUAAAACAUUACGGGAAUUUGAAGAAGCAUUUUAUCAACAAAAUGGAAGGAAUGCCCAGAAAGAGGAUCGUGUUCCAGUGCUUGAGGAGUACAGGGAGUACAAGAAAAUUAAAGCCAAGCUUAGGCUUCUUGAAGUUCUUAUCAGCAAACAAGAUUCUUCAAAAUCCAUAUAAAUUCCUUGAAAACAUCAUAAAAUGAGUUGUAUUCCCUGAAGCUAUCAUCGUGUACACUUGGCUGGUACUUGCGUUCAUUUUGUCAGGCACUUGGUCUCAUUUUGUACUUGGUUGUGGUGCCAUUAGAGAAGUGCUGGGAGGGUGAGUGGACCCUCUCUAGGGAGCGCGCUGUUCCAUAUUAACCACAGACUGUCCUCUCCACCCUUAGCAAACAUUCAGUUUUCUUCAUUGUUUUAUACUACAGAUAAAUUCUGGUAGCAAAAGACUAGUAUUUUUUCCUUUCGACUUCAAGAACUUUGGAAAUACAAGCAUUUUGUAUUGCCAACUUUAUUAUUAUUUUUUCAUUACUGAAGAAAAUUGAGAGGAAAACCUUCACAUUGAAUUCUUCAGUUGCCUUUUUCUUAAAGAAUGACUGAAAAUUUGAAAGAAAAGCCUGUAAGUGUGCACGUAUGCAGCUAUGUUCUAUGUUUUCCUAGGAAACCAAAUCAACUCAAAUUUCAAGGCCUACUGUGGAACACACUUCUGUUUAAUGCCCAAAGUGACACUUUUUCACAGGUAGUAUGUUAGCAAAACUUUGCAUUCAGUGGUCACACGGCUCCUGGAUGAAGAUGAGAGGGUAGACCCAAAAGUGACCUUGCUUAUUAGUAUAUUGAAAACACAUCCCACACAGAACCAAUCAUAUCACAUGCUGCCUAUGGGACUUAAGUUACAGUUUGUUUCCUCAGUUACUGUUUAUCAGCUGGUGGUGAUGUGAUUUGUCUGGAUCAGAUCCUGCAUUUUUCCCCCCUACUCACCUCCAGGUAAUGUGAGAAAAUAGCCAUGUCAGUAUGUAGGAACUCUGAUGGUGCUCAGAUUCGUGUGUUCAAUCAAUUGGGCCUAAAUUGGCAAAAGAAUCAUUAUGCCUGAAGUAAAUCUGUUCUUAAUAAGGGCUAUACCACUGCAUCUUUAUGUGACCUUCAGUGGGUUACAUUAUUGUUUUCUCUUUCCAUCAGCAGAAUCUGUAAAAAAAAAAAAAAAAGCCCAUCCUCCAAAGGGACCACCUUUUUGCGCAGUCACGCUGUUUAAAGCAGCUGGUUACAGAAAGUGUA